AUAACUUGUCAAGUUUCAAUUUCAGCUAAAGAUAAACUAAUAACUAAUAAGCUAAAGUUUCCGAAGUAUAACUAAACUUUUCUUCCGAAUUAAAAUUAGAGUAAUAUACCGAAAACAGCUAAAUUCACCUGUCUGUUUAUAUUGUGGAUUUAAUCCGUUAAAAAACAGUAGUAUAAAAAGAUACUAAUAUCUAACGAACUAAACAAACGAAGUUGUAAACAUAACCUACAAGUGUGUUCAUACAAGUUGUUCAAUGAGAAUAACUUGGUUUCGAUUUUUCUAAACCUUGAACCGACCGAGUUAUAUUUUUCUGUAGCAUGUGUUGUGCGAAUGAAAAAUAUGCCUUUACCAACAAGAAAUAACAAAGAAAACUUUAGAUUACUGGACUUGUCUAGUGAAGACGAGUCAGAAGAUUUACAGCUAGAAAUUAUUCCUAGCAGAAAGAAAAAAGCCACAAGACGAGAACGCAACCGUGUUACCACCCCACCAACAACCAAGAGUAGCAUAAGUACGGACAUACAAUGUGCAUUGCAAUGGGCUGUUUGUGGCACCUUACUCCUGUGGCUGGUUAUGCUGACUCGACUCUAUGCUCAAAUGUAUGAUCAGGUGUCAACUAUGAAUGGAGAUAUUGUCAAAGUAUCCACAAGCAGUGCCAGCGUUACCGACGCCCUGCAGAUAUGCCACACGGCAGCGAAAGAAUUGAGAGGCAAUACGAGCGUGCUGAGUCACAAACUCGCCGAAUUAGAGGAACAGCAUCAAAUACUCGUGAGCCGUGUCGACGCGGCCACCCAGGACCUGGCGACGCUCUCUAAGAAGCUCGAUGGAGCACCGACGCUUGCAGACACGCCGAUGCGACUCGCCGAGCUACAAAGGACCGUCGCUGUCUUCGGAUCCGAGAUAAAGAGCUUAGAUGGUUCUCUGCAAUCGGCGAAGAAUCAAGCCUUGACCGCAACUACGGGGAUAGAAGAAGUACGCAAUUUGCUGCGUCAGCUCGAUGCGAGGACGAAUGAAACCAUAUCCAAUGUAACCGCCAAUCAGAAGGCCAAUCACGAGCUGAAGGAUGACGUCACGAGUCUGAAUAAAACGAUAGUGGCCAAAGUGGAAGCCUUGCAGACGAGGAUAGACGAGAUCCAAGUAAGCGUUGUUCAAGUAUUCGAUAUGUCACUUAAUCUGUAUUGUUUACCUUAUGCAGCGAUCGCGCGGAAACAACCUCCGAUAAAGGUCGAUGAAUUACUUACUAUAAUAAUUAGCCCGAUUAAAUUGAAUGGCGCAUACAUUUCCGUUUUCAUUUAAUAUAAUUACAGCUUUAUUAUGUACAGCUGACCCGAAAGACUUCGUAGUGCCUCAAUCGAUAAAUAAAAGACUACCUAAAGUUUUGUAUAAAAUAAACUUAAAACAAACAAAAGGAAUCCGUCCGACGGGGGCACAUCGAAGGAAAAACAAAAUUGUUAUUUUUAUUUAAUUCUGACCAUUUUCACAAUUUUUAAACCUUCUCUGGACUUCCACCAAUAAUUCAAGACCAAAAUUAGCCAAUACAUCCAGCCGUUCUCGAGUUUUAGCGAGACUAACGAACAGCAAUUCAUUUAUAUAUAUAGAUUCGAUAAAAUGUACUUUGCGUUGUUUGGUGAAAGUGACGUAUCUAUAUUUAUUAUUUGGAUUAAAUAUCGACGGUAAUUUUAGUUCAUUAUAAAUUUUAAAGACCAAUACUAUAACACUAAUAGUAUAAAUAUUAUUGGCGGUGUUUAGCAAUUUUUUUAAUAACAAUGAUAUGUAGUUUCAUUUAUUACAUUUGCUUUAAAAAAAAAUGAAAAAUAAAAAUUCUUCUCAAAGUGGGUGGCGGCAUUAACAUUGUCGAUAUCUAUGGACUCCAGUAACCACUUAACACCAGGGCCAUGAGUCUACCCAACUAAGCAAAAAAAAGCUUUAGUACAAGUGAAAAUUGAUUGGGGUAACUACUCGUAUACUGAGACCUUAGAACUUACAUCUCAAGGUGGGUGGCGCAUUUACGUGGUAGAUGUCUAUGGGCCCCAGUAACCACUUAACACCAGGUGGGCUUUGAGCUCGUCCACCCAUCUAAGCAAUAAAUAAAAAAAAAUCAUGUACCACUUAAUUGAUAGUCAGCACUUGAGUUUUUUUUUUCAUUACGUGGGUACGCUAUUUCGCUAUUAUGGCUAUUAGUGUUCACAACGUCACAACGAUCACAAUACCAUCGCUGACCUUUGAAUUGUUUGAGAUGACACCAUCAUCUCGUUUUUACCAUCGCACCGCCCGCCACCGGAGUAGAGUUCAUCCAAACUACCUGGAACCACUGCGGUCAUCCACAGUGCGUUUCCAGAGAUCUUUAUUGCCACGUACCAUCCGGCUUCGGAAUGAGCUCUCCUCCACGGUGUUUCCCGAGCGCUAUGACAUAUCCUUUUUCAAAGGAGGCUUGUGGAAAUUAUUAAGCGGUAGGCAGCGACUUGGCUUUGCCCCUGGCGUUGAUGACCUCCAUGAGCGACGGUAACCACCCAAUAAAAAAAAUCUUGAAACAUGUGGUCGAAAUCUUAGUUGUUUUGAAGAAUGGCUAACCCACUCUAGAAACCAGAGACCCUGACUGCUUUGCAACAGAAUGUUAUAGUACAUUUGAACUCAAAAUACGCCCUACCAGUAAUUACGCGAUAUGAAUUUUGUGAGUUUAAACCGGUCAUCGUUCUCGUCGAACCCGUCGCUUGCGACAAAGGGCUCGACGAGUAAAUUAACCUUCAGACAGCUCACUGAGUUUCUCGCCGGAUCUUCUCAGUGAGUCGCGUUUUCGAUCCGGUGGUAGAUUCAGCGAAGCACGACUCUUGCUAGGGUUCGUGUUAGCAACGUCAUCAGGUUUGAGCCCCGUGAGUACUAGUUAAGGCUACUUAAGCUUAGGUAGGAAAAAAAAAGUGAGUUUAAUUUAAAAACUCUGUUAAUAAUAAAUGUAGAUUUGUUUCAAUUUCGCCAAUGGACCUUUAUGAAUAUUCAUACAUGAAAAUUCGAAAAACAAUUUCCUUGACAAAACCAAACGUUAAGGUCGACAAUCGCUUGAACGUGUUUUCCAUUUUAAUACACGUUUACGUAUUUACUCGUAUGCGUAAAUAGUGUUUAUUGCCUUGUGCAUUCUAAUGCCUAUUGCCUCGAGAAAAUGUUUUAUUCCAUGCAUGUUUAAAUCUUCUGUAUUGAGAUUUGCUGAUAAUUGUACGUUUUCUUCAACAUUUAUUGGAGUCGACAUUUAAACUAGUUCUUGGUUACUUUAUAGAUAUAUUGAGACGUGCAUUCAGUAUCAACAGCUUCUUAUUCGUAAGAAUCAUCAUUAUUAUCCUGCCCUUCUUCCAGUCACCUGGGGUCGGCCGGGUCGGCGCAACAUGUUUUCUUCUUCUAUACUCUUCUAUCAUAUACCAUUUCUUCGCUCACUCCCCUCUUACCCAUAUCGUCUUUCACGCAAUCCAUCCAUUUCUUCUUAGGUCUAUCUCUUCCUCUAUAUCCUUCCACAUUCAUAGUUAACAUUCUCUUACCAACCUCAUUUUCAUUUCGUCUCAUCACAUGUCCCAUACCAUCCCAAACGCGCACUUCUCAGCUUCUCUGUCACAGGUGCCACUUUCAGACUUCCUCUAACAUAUUCAUUCCGUAUUCUAUUCAUUCUUAUUACUCCACACAUCUAUCGCAACAUUCUCAUCUCUGCUGCAUGCAAUCGCCUUAUUUUAUUCGUAAGAAUCUGUAAUAUUAUUUUUAUAACUCCGCAAAUUUCAAUUUUGAAGGCGUAAUAGUUUGCUAAUAGGAAACAUGCCAAAUUGGCUAUCAAAUACAACCGGCUCCGAUUAUUGUUGUAAAUGCUGAAUGGCGCUUAUUUAUUAGGGAACCUCACCCAUCAGACCAUGGAGGCUUCAACUUUUUUUUUCUUUUUUUCCUACCUAUGCUGAUAGCCUUGAGAGGCUAUUUUAGAUUCACCCUAACGUGUACAUGAGCUCACGAGGCUCAAACCGAAGUGGUGUUAACACUGGCCAUAACAAGAGCAGUGCUUCGCAGAAUCUACCACCGGAUCGGAAACGCGACCCACUGACAAGAUCCGGCCAGAAACUCAGUGGGCUGUGUCUGUGGGUUAAUUCGCUCCGUCCUUGCGACGGGUUCGUCCUCGUCGGUGACCGGAGGCUUCAACACAAUCCAGUCUAGAGGUUACAGCGAAUGCUAAAUGAGUGCUAUUCUCCGUGUGCACAGAAGCCGGUCAGCACAGCGGCGCCCUCUGCAGCAGCGCCAACCACAACCAGCAGCACGACCACUACGAGUACGUCG